AGUAUUGGGUUUAAUAAUACUAUAAAAUUUCGGGUUCAAGCUUCAAGAUAUUGCUCAACAAAUCCUCCAUUUUGGUAUCAAGCCUUACAAUAUCUUGCUAGACCGUAAUUUCAACCCCAAGAUCUCUGACCUUGGUUUGGCAAAGCUGUGUUCCAAGGAACAAAGUGCUAUUUCUAUGACAGCAGCCAGAGGAACAAUGGGAUAUAUUGCCCCUGAGGUACUGUCUAGGAACUUUAGAAAGAUGUCAUAUAAAUCCUAUGUUUAUAAUUUGGAAUGCUAUUUGUAGAAAUGGUAGGAGGGAGGAAGAAUAUUAAUGUCACAGUGGAGAGUACGAACCAAGUUUAUUUCCCAGCAUGGGUGUAUAAUUGCUUGGACAAAGGAGAAGAUUAGAAUGGAAAAUGAGUGACAUGCCUAGAUAGCAAGAAAGCUUAUAAUUGUUGGACUUUGGUACAUUCAGUGGUACGGACCGUUCAUCAAUGAGAGCUGUGGUUCAUAUGUUGGAAGGGGAAGUCAACAGUUUGAAAGUGCCACCAAAUCCCUUUGUCCAUGUAGAUGGAGUGCAGACCAGUGCCAACAUCCCUUGGAGAUCAAUAAACAGAGAAUUAGCAGCAAUCUCUGAAUUCUAAUGGUAGAAAAUCUUUCUAUUCUAGACUUCUUUUGUUUUCUAUCUAAAUAAUUGUGCUACAAAAUGAAAAUUAUAAUAAUUG